AUGAAGCUCUACCAGACCAUGCUGUUGAAACGCAUUUCUUCCAUAGAAGAGCAUAGCGAACGACUGAGCAGCGGCCUAUCGAAGCUUCUCGAUACUCAAGAAAAGGUCUCAGCACUAGAAGACGACUUAAGGGAGAAAACAGUUGCUGUUGAAGAGAAAAAAGCAGCCGCUGAGGAGUUCGCUCAGAAGGUUGGCGAGGAAAAGGCCAAAGUGACAGCUGAAUCCGAAAAUGCCAAUGUUGAGGCACUCAAGUGCGCAGAAAUACAGAAAUCCGUUUCUGAACAGCGAGCAUCGUGCGAGGCUGACUUGGAGAAAGCCAUCCCCCUGGUGGAGCAGGCAGAAGCCGCCUUGAAUACACUGAACAAGAAGGACUUUCAGGAGGCAAAGGCUCUCAACAAGCCUCCACCAGGCGUUGAAGAUAUUACAGCUGCUGUCAUGCACUUGCUUGCCACGGUAGACCCAAUUAUUGAGGUAGAUAAACAGGGCAAGCUUAAAGACAAGAGCUGGAAGGGUGCACAGAAGAUGAUGAACAAUCCGGAAAAGUUCUUGCAGACGCUCAAGGACUUCAAGAGUGUCAUUGACGAUGGUCGAGUGCCCGAACAGAAUUUCAAAGCCGUGGAACCAUUGCUAGCCCUUCCUCAUUUUAAUCGCGAGGCUAUUCAGAAGAAGAGUACAGCUGCAGCAGGCCUUGCUGAGUGGGUAGUCAACAUUUACCAGUAUUACACUGUGGUUGUGUCCGUCGAGCCCAAAAGACGAGCGUUGGCCGAAGCCACUCAACAACUCGAGGAUGCAAACAAGAAACUCGUCGAGGUGCAGGCACUAGUUGCGGAGCUUGAGGAAAAGCUAGGCCAACUUGUUGCCGAAUUCGAUUCUGCUAUAGCCGAGAAGAAUGCGGUGGAGGCCGAGGCUGAAAAAUGCCAGAGGAAAUUAGAUCUCGCACAGAGGCUCAUGCGUUCCUUGGGAUCAGAAGGCGCCCGUUGGGGGCAAACGAUUGACGAUCUAAAAGAACAACGACGCGUCUCCGUCGGCGACGUGCUGCUAUCGUCAUCCUUCGUAGCAUAUGCUGGAGUCUUUAGCAAGAAGUAUCGAGAUUGGCUUAUGUACGAAAGGGCGGUGCCGUUUUUGCUUGAUCGUGGAGUGCCCCUGCGGCAGCCCGCUGAUGUACUUGCCCAGCUUACAGAUGAAGCCGAAAUGGCUUUGUGGAACAAUCAAGGGCUACCGUCUGAUGCGACGUCCAUUGAAAAUGGAGCAAUUGCAUCUUCAACGGAGCGUUGGCCGCUCAUGAUUGACCCUCAGUUGCAAGGGAGAAAAUGGAUUGUCGAAAAAGAAAGAGAAAACCGCCUACAGGUGCUGCGCCUUAGCACUCCUCGAAUGGUAUCUUUGGUAGAGAUGGCAAUUCAGCAAGGCACCAGCGUACUGAUUGAAAACCUGGAAGUAUCCGUCGACCCCGUUCUGGCUCCUGUUGUAGGACGCCAAACAAUUCGGAGAGGACGGUCGCAAUAUCUUAAACUGGGGGACAAAGAAGUUUCUUACAAUCCCAAUUUCAGGCUCAUUCUGCAGACACGGCUAUCUAAUCCACAUUAUCCUCCAGAGCUUCAGGCUGAAUGCACGCUAAUAAAUUUUACAGUUACUGAGAAGGGAGACGUUUUGGAGAAUAUAGAGCUAAUUCAAAAUCUGGAGAAAACGAAGAAAAUCACCACAGAAGUUUCCGAGAAGGUUGCCCUUGCAAAAGUAACUGAAGAGAAGCUCAAUGCGAUAUCCGAAAUGUAUAGGCCUGUAGCGCGCCGAGGAGCCAGGCUGUUCUUUUUGUUAGCUCAGCUAUUCAAAAUCCACAGUUUUUAUCUGUUUUCCAUGGAGUCCUUCGUGGCAGUGAUAAACCGGGCUAUAGACUCGAUUUCAGAGAAGCCGCAGACGGGUGAGGAAGACGGAACGGACUCCGAUGGAAAGGAUGCAGCAACAAUACCUGAGACAGGGACAGACGAUGCUGAAGUGGCUGAAAAGAACCCUGCUCCAGAAGAAGCAUCCGACCUUGCAAUCACAAGGAAUUCAACAACAGACAACAACGACAAAGCCGCUGCUGGAGAGACAGAAGCAGAAAGCAAACAGCCCGGUGCUGAGUCCAGCUCACCGGCCGUUGGCGUAUCAGAAGGUGCAGGAACGGACGGGCCAAAGGGAGAGCAACGGCCUGCAGACCAGUCGCCGCAACCUUCCGCUCGGAGCACUGCAGAUAAAAAUGCAAAGGCGGGGGAAGCGGAGGAGGAGGAUGAGAAGGAUGAGGAGCAAAAUACUGUCACAGAGGAAGAGGUUCGCCUGCUGUCUCAGGUUCACCCCGACCCAACUGCUCCCCCUAUGCCCGAGGCUGCACGUGCGUGGCUCUCGGAAGCACAAUGGGCCUGUUGUAGGUCCCUAGAACAACUCAAGUCCUUCAAAAACAACCAAGUAUCCCUGUUACAAAACUUCGACCAAGACUCCCUUGGAUGGGCGAGGUGGAUGGCGGAGGAUGCUCCGGAAGGCGCAGACCUGCCAAGACUGUUUAAAGGAAUUAGCGAAUUUGAAAAGCUCCUUCUCUUGCGAUACCUAAGACCAGAUAGGAUGAUCUCGGCUCUUCGCCAAUUUGUCGCUGGGCAACUGGGGCACUUUUUCGUAGAGCCUCCAGCCAUCGACUUGCAAGAAAUUGAAAAGGAAGCUGACAGAUUCACUCCGUUGUUCAUUGUCCUGUUCCCGGGUGUUGAUCCCACACCCGCACUAGAAACAACCGCAAGAUCCAAAGGAUGUACUGCAGACAAUGGUAAAUUUGUCAAUAUCUCCAUGGGCCAGGGCCAGGAAGAACGAAGCAUUCGCCUCUUACAUGCAAUUCUGCAGCGCCUUCAGAGGACUCUAGAAGAGGCUAGCGCCAUUGCGCAUCGCGAGUUUCGAUGCGUGGUGACUUCUGAGCCCCCACCGCUACGAGACAUGCAAAUUAUCCCAGAGGCAUUGCUCCAACGGAGCAUCAAGAUAGCAGACGAAGCUCCUCAAGACCUUAAGGCCAAUCUCCGUAGGGCACUAAACUGCUUUUCGCAGGAGGUGGUCGACUCGUGUUCGCGCCCUCGGGAGUUUAAGGCUAUCCUGUUUUCCCUGUGCUAUUUCCACGCACUCAUUAUUGGCCGCAAAAAGUUUGGCUUUUUGGGUUGGAGUCGAUCUUACUCAUUUAACGAGGGGGACUUGACAAUAUGCGGCAACGUCAUAAAGAACUACUUAGAUAAGUAUGCUACAAUUCCCUUCGAAGACAUUAGAUACAUCUUAGGAGAGAUUAUGUACGGAGGCCAUAUAACUGAUGGGUUUGACCGGCGCUUGAACAACACCUACCUGGCGAACUUGAUCCUGCCUGAAGUGCUGCAAAGUUACCAACUCGGGCCUUCUUUCCGAACACCGGAUCCAGCAAAGACUGAAUUUGCUGCAUACCAGAAGUUCGUCGAGGAAAAGACGCCACCGGAGAAUCCUCAGGUUUUCGGGCUGCAUCCAAAUGCCGAAUUGGGUUGCCUAAGCUCCCUAAGCGACGAACUGUUCACAACGCUACAAGAGGUAUCUGGCGUUGCUGGAGGCGGGAGCUCUACAGGCCGGAAGGAGGACACAGUGUUGACCAUGGUGGACUCGUUGCUGGCGAAAGUACCAAUCCCAUUCGAUAUAGCUUCUAUUCGAGCGAAAGUUAAGGAAUUUCACCCUGCAACCGUUGUCUGUCUGCAGGGUGCACUAAAUGUUACGGACGCCAUGGAGCAGCUUGAAGCCUCGCUUAAUAUGAACAGGGUCCCUGAAGCUUGGAAGCCUUACGCGUAUGAAUCGCGCAAGCAACUGGGUCCUUGGGUAAAUGACCUACUACACCGUGUGAAGCAAUUGGAGGAGUGGAGCACAGACUUCACCCUUCCUUCCCCGUUGUGGAUUUCCGGGCUCUUUAACCCCAUGUCCUUUCUAACAGCUGUCAUGCAGGUUGUGACAAACAUACGGUACGGGGCAGCAGCAGCAGGAACGCAGGGAGUUGCAACGCAACAACAGCCUCUGUCUGCUUCUGAAACGGGAGUGCUCAUUCAUGGGCUUUUUCUAGAAGGUGCAGCUUGGGAAGAGGGAAAGGGGGACGUUGAAGGCAACCUGACACAUGCACAGCCAAAAGUAUUGCAAUAUCCGAUGCCUGUCUUCCUGGUUGAGGCGAUCCCUACUGCCGAAGUCGACAACACUGCAAUGUACAGUUGCCCCGUUUACCUCACUUCAGCAAGAGGGCCUACAUACGUGACAACUGCAAAUCUGAGGUGA